AUGUGGGAGCAGGCGGGGGAGUGGCAAAACAGAUCAACGCGCAGGCAGGGAACGCGCAGGGUUCUGGCUUACAGGGCAUGCUCUCCACAAACGACACUUGCGCAAAUUUGUGCAAAAUGUGCUGCCUCCAGAAGCAGACUUGCCCAAACCUACGAGGGGCGACAAAAGCAACUGCAAACCUUCACAUAUGGUGUCUUUCACAAAAACGAGGCAAAAGAGAACUUUCUGUUGCAGCACGACUGGCCAGUCGCGACUUCAAUGAAGUCACCUUGCCUGAACUAUCCUGAACUCCUAUCAACCUACGGGGUGAACGGCAAAGCUCGGUGCACCCACGAAAGCCAACCUGAGCACCAGCAGUGCCAUGGGCAAGUGGACUCUCCAUAA